AGGAGGGGUCUGCUGGUUUCCUACGUCCCUCUCCCCUCUCACUCUAAACUGAUUUUAAAUCCCAUGCAGUGAGGACUGCACAGAGUCUCUCAGUGUCUGAGGAGGGAAAAUCACUACAUUAUUUAUAUUGCUGUGGGUUCUUCAAAUAAUUUACUGUCCCCUCUUAUCUCCCCCACUCCCCUUCUCCUCUUGCACAUCUGUAUCCAAAAUCCUGAGUGCAAACACUUUAAGUCCACUGGCGUUUACUUAUCUGACCCCAUAAACACAAACUGACAACAAGAAGGGUCUUUUUCAUUACUCCGUGAACUCACCGAAAGGGACAAGGAUGUCCGAAUUAUCCGUCAAUGACCAUUUGGAGGGGAUCCUGUCAGACUUUGAAGCCCUAAAAAGGUCUUUUGAUAUGGAGGAUGUUGAUGACACACCUGUGUUUUCACCAACGUCUCCACUAAACUCUCCCUUCAUCCCGAACCAGAUGUCUGUAAUUCGAUCAACUAAUGGGGACAGUCGGAUAUCUACUGGGUCAAACCAGCCACUUUAUCAAUCCCGUAUAAGUAUAAGUUCAAGUUGUAGUCCAGCACAAAGUCCAGUUCUCAGAACCCGAAUAACCAGCAGUUUAUCUUUUAACCGUGGAACAACGCAGAUGGCCAAAAGCAAUGGAAGCACAGGACAAGGUCUUACCCGUGUGUCUUCUUUUCAAACUCAUCUCAAUCCCAGUGGUUGCUCCUCAUCUGGGCAUGGAAGUGACAGUGAGAGUCUCCACAGUUCCACCUCCAGCUUAGAGUGCCCACCAGCUACUAAACCUUUUCAGCAGUUACGCUCUACUCGUACUUCACUGGACCAAACAAGCACAGGAAUAGCUGUUUCCAAAGUGACCAGUCCUGUACUUAAGAAAUUCUCUUCUCAUGGCAGUGUUUUUCACUCUGAGGUUGAACGACAUGGAGUUCGCUUGGUGCCAGUGGCUAACAACAACCACAACUCUCUGCCCUCCCUUGACCUGCAUAUUGCAGAAGACCAAGUACCUGAUCUAGUCCCUUCCCCAGAUGCAGGAUACCCCCCAUCAGAAGGUUGGAGCUCCCCUACUCCAGCUUACAAAAGGCAGUCAUCUAGGAACAAUAAGCCAGUAAGUAGAGAGCCUUCAUUUUCUUCCUCUUCGUCCUCUUCUUCACCACCUACGGAUGCUCCAAUUAGCUGCACCCUGGCAUCUUCUCCAUCCCCACCACCAGUUUUUGGGCCUUUGCAACCAAGUGCCUUCCAAAAAAUCCCUGUCAACCUCCAAGGAUCGGUGGGGAAAUCUUAUAAUGGACCUAGCUCAGAACAAGUUACUAGACCAUUACCAAGGACACAGCUGAGAGUCAACCUCCAUACCACAACUAACCAGGCAUCUCAUGUAACAAAGGAAAAAACUGAAGCAACUCCGACAUGGCAACCUCAGAUAAUACCUCAUGGAAAAACAGCAUCUGGUCAGUCUUUCAUUCCUCAGAUGUCACCAUUCUCUGGCUCACGCAAGCUUGUACAAUUGGCCCGACACGGAUCUCUUCAAGAGCCAAACAGCCAAACUGUAAAACAAACGGAGACAUUCACUUCCAAUGACAGACUUAGAUCUAUGAUGCAGAGAGCCAGUUCUUUCGGUAAGUCAGAUAGUGUCUCACUGAAGAAUUCAUUUUUCCGUGAUGCUAAAACAAGUGAAACAUCUACCGGUUGUAUGGUUGACUCUGUAAAGAAUGUUCAAGAUAAAAGUGGCUAUGAAAAGUCAUCACUCUCUACAAGGAUUCAAGGACUUGGAUCUCCAGCGUCUAACUCCUGUCAUCAAGAUAAUUUAGCAAGCCAAAGGGUGUUAGUAGAAUCCAGGAAUGGAGCUCCUCCUCUUAACCACUGCCUUCAAAACAUACCUCAAAAUGAAGUGAUGCCACAGACCCACAAAAUGGAUACUGUCCACGGUUCCCCUUCCCCCUUAAAAUUCUCAGAAAACAUGGAGCAAACAGAAGAGCAGAUCACAGACUCUGGAUUAGAAGAUCAUAGCCCUACUAUUGGCAGCCCAAGCACUAGAAUGGAGACGCUCGGCUCUAUGCACCCUGGAGUACAAAUGCCUGAAGAUUACGAGGAAUUGGGCCGGGAACCUUUUGGUUAUGUGGGCAUUGACUCUGUGCUUGACCAGAUGAGAAGGAAAGCCGUGAAAAACGGCUUUGAGUUUAACAUCAUGGUGGUAGGUCAGAGUGGUUUAGGGAAGUCUACCCUGGUCAACACUCUCUUUAAGUCCAAAGUGAUCCGAAAUAUUCCUGGUGCUGGCAUCCCCAAAACACUAGAAUUGAAAGCUGUUAGUCACGUUAUUGAAGAGAGAGGCAUACAGAUGAGGCUCACGGUUAUUGACACCCCGGGAUUUGGAGAUCAGAUUAAUAAUCAAAACUGUUGGGACCCGAUCAUUAAGUACAUUCAUGAGCAAUAUGAGAAAUACCUGAGAGAAGAAAUUCUUGUAAAUCGCAAACGUCGAAUCCCGGACUCUCGAAUUCACAGCUGUAUCUACUUCAUUCCUCCAACUGGGCACUGGUUGCGACCGCUGGAUUUAGAGUUCAUGAAGCGUCUCAGUCGUAUAGUGAACGUUGUUCCUGUCAUUGCAAAAUCAGACACUCUGACCCUUGAAGAAAGAGAAGAGUUUAAACAGCGAAUAAGGAAAGACCUGCAGACUCAUAGCAUCAGUGUGUAUCCCCAGAAAGAGUUGGAUGAGGACCCAUCAGAUACAUUAUUCAAUGACAAAAUUCGGGAAAAAAUUCCUUUUGCUGUGGUAGGAACUGACGAAGAGCACCAGGUCAACGGGAAAAAGGUCCUAGGUCGUAAAACAAAAUGGGGUAUCGUAGAAGUUGAGAACACGGCACACUGUGAAUUUGCUAACCUCAGAGAUUUACUGAUCAGAUCCAACUUGCAGGAUCUUAAAGACAUAACCCACAAUAUCCAUUAUGAGACAUACAGAGUCAGCCGGUUGAACGAGAAAGUUCAGCAGAGUCCAUUGCACGCAAAAGAACAGCUUGUCUUGUGAACUUCCUGGGAGAUCCUCAGAACCAACAACUUGCCUUCUGAUUGGACAUUUAUAAUACAUAACUGAAAAAUCACUGAAAACCAAUCCGCUGCCUAUACCUGAAACAAGUGAACACUCGAGGAAAAAAAACGAAGAACACCCUGUAUAAGAACUUAACAACACCAGCUUAUCACACAGAUUUGACUUACCUACUACUAAUAUGCCCCAGAUAAAGCUACGUACUGCCUGUUUAUCACACAUAUCAAUUUAUAUGUUGUAAAUCUGUUGCAAAACAAGUUACUGCCAGUUUAAGGUACAUACCAAUGCAAUCCCACAAACAAAUCUCAUAUCUACCUUUAGCACUUGACAGCAUAAAAGCCAUGUAUUCCUGGAGUCAUUCUGAAGUAAUCAAUGACUCCAGACUAGUCAUCAGAAGCCAUCCUGAAGUUUGCCCACAGGCUGAAAUAUUUAAAUGAGAUGACUCUAGAGUCAAUCACUGGCUGUUCUUGCUUGUGAAGUAAUCAGUAAGGUAAUCUGCUAAUCAUUCUGAAGUCAUCACCCAGAAUUGUUUUACCUUAGUUGAUGACUUUACAGCCUGAUGAUGUCUGAUGAUGUGCAAAUGACUUCUAAAGUAGUUUGAUGAUCAUCAAAUGACACCAGGAUGGUCUCUAAAGAAAUCUUGUUUGUCUUAGGUACUAAAAUGCAGCCAUUUUAUAGGCUUUCUAUAGACAAACUAUCCUAUGCCAAUCAUUAGUACAGACAAGCCAAACAACAAAUGAGUUUUAUUUGCACAGCCAGACCAACAUGAUAGUAGUUCACAAUUGCCACCCAAAUGUCACAGAUAAAAGCUGACCACUUGCCAGUAAAUAACAAAGACCUUCACAUUUCAGUCAAUGACAAACCAAAUACAUGGCAAUAUAUCAUACUACCGCUACGCAUUUCACAGACAAACCAGCAACAUGCUAAUAUACUGUGCAAAUCAACCCAAUUUCACAGACAUCCAAACACAUAUAUCACACGCACCGUCCUCAUUUCUUAGACAAACCAACAAUAUGUCAAAAUAUCAUGCAAAAAAACACAUAACAAUAUAUAAUGCCAACAACACUAUUUCACAUACAUACCGACAACAUGCUAAUAUAUCAUGCAACCCAACUCCAUCUCAAAGACAGAACAAGCACGUCAACAUGAAAACCAACCCCAUUUCACAGACAAACAGACCACAUUAAAAUAUAUCACACGACAAACCAACAGUUUUGGCAAUUUGUUGUGCAAACCAAAUACAUAACAAUAUAUAAUUUCAAAGUCAAACCAGCAACAUGCUAAUAUAUCAUACAAAUUAACUACGUCACAUGACAAUAUGACAUAUGGACAAAAAACUAACUGUGACGCACAGACCAGCCAAAACCAAUGACACACAAACUUACUCUACACAGUACCAUUCUACAUGCCAGCUUCAUUCCACAGUGUAUACUGAUCACCACAAAAUCAAUACAAUACAGCACUGCAAUCAGUCCCAUGGCACUGAUAAGAUAUCACUGAAACGCGUAUUUAAAACAGGUGUAAAUUCAAACUGAUUUGGAGCCAUGCCAGACUAUAUAAAAGCAAACCACCCCAAAAUCAAUCAUAUCUCAACGCUCAAACCACGUUUUUUCAUAUUCCUAACACUGCAACCAAAUUCCACAGCACUGCUAAGCAAUAAUGUAUAUUGUUACUGUAUGUGCCUGCUGAUAAAAACUCUUUCUGCAUAUUACCUUGAGUUUUUAUAGGCACGAUUAGGUUGUUUUUGUCUUUCUUAGGUACAAUUUUUUUUACAUAAAGGACCAAGACUGUAUCUAUUAUGCAUCAUUAUUGAAAAAAAAGGCAGUUUGGAAUAGGUUUAAAAAAUAGAGGAUAUAUAGGCGUUUUAGCCAAUUAAAUAUCGAUGGUGAAGGUGUGAAAAAAUACUUAUGUUAAGAAGUGAGACUUCAGAAAAGAGACAAGAGAAUUAUUUGUUAUUGGAGAGUAAAAAAACAUUUAUAUAUAAUGUUAUAUCACAGAUUUUCAAAUAUUUUUAACAAUGUAUUUACAAAAUGAGACACGUUUCAAAUUGUCUGUUUCUUAUGUAUAGCUGUAUCAGAUUUGUAUGUUACCUGCUUGCUUUUUUUUAUCAUUAUUAUUUUUUUAUUUGUUUUUAUCAAUGUAACUUUAAAGUUCCAGUGUUUGGAAUUGUCCAUAAUAAACAUAUUACAGAUCUGAAAGAA